CCCACCCACCGCCGUCCCUCCGGCCGCAGCGCGGCCAUGGCCGCGGCGCUGCUGCCCGGCUGCCUGCAGGACGAGGCCACCUGCUCCGUGUGCCUGGAGCUCUUCAAGGACCCGGUGUCCAUCGAGUGCGGCCACAACUUCUGCCGGGCGUGCAUCGCCGGCAGCUGGAAGGAGCUGGAGGCCGACUUCCCCUGCCCGCAGUGCCGCGAGGUGUUCCAGCAGAAAAGCUUUCGGCCGAACCGGCAGCUGGCCAACAUGUCCGAGAUCAUCGGGCAGCUGCUGCUGCGGGCGGACGGACGGACGGACGGGGACGGGCUGUGCCCCAAGCACCGCGAGGCGCUCAAGCUCUACUGCAAGGACGACCGCAGGAGCAUCUGCGUGGUGUGCGACCGCUCCCGCGAGCACCGCCCGCACGCCGUGGUGCCCGUGGACGAGGCGUGCGAGGAGUACAAGGAGAAGAUCCAGGGGCGCUUGGAUUUCCUGCGGAAGGAGCGGCAGGAACUGCUGGAGUUCAAAGUGAACGACGACAAGAAAACGCAGGAGCUGCUGAAAACCAUCGAGAGCGAGCGGCAGAAGCUGCUGUCGGACUUCGAGCGGCUGCGGCAGUUCCUGCACGACCAGGAGCACAUCCUGCUGGGGCAGCUGGACAAGAUGGAGAAGAACAUCUCCAGGAGGCAGAACGAGAACAUCACCGACCUCUCCAAGGAGAUCACGCUCCUCAACAAGCUCAUCGCCGAGCUGGAGGAGAAAAUCCAGCAGCCCAUGCUGGAGUUCCUCAAGGACGUGGCGGGCGUCAUCACCAGGAGCGACGACGUGAAGUGCCAGAAGCCCGUCCCCGUCUGCACCGACAUGAAGAUGCACGUCUGCAACUUCUCCCUCAAAACCGUGGUCCUCGAGAAGGUCCUGAAGAAAUUCCGAGAAAACCUGCAGGACGAGCUGGGAAGAGGUGAAAAAGAGGACCUGACCCUGGACCCCGACUCGGCCAACCACCUGCUGAUCCUCUCGGCCGACCUCAAGAGCGUGCGCAUGGGCUGCAGGAAGCAGGAGCUGCCCGACAACCCCAAGCGCUUCGACACCAACUCGCGCGUCUUGGCCAGCACCGGCUUCAAGUCGGGGCGGCACUACUGGGAGGUGGAGGUGGGCCCCUCGGACGGCUGGGCCUUCGGCGUGGCCCGCGAGUCCGUCCGCAGGAAGGGGCUGACGCAGUUCUCCCCCGAGGAGGGGAUCUGGGCCGUGCAGCAGAACGGGGGCCGCUACUGGGCCGUGACGUCGCCGCAGCGCACGCCGCUGUGCCUCAGCCGCAAGCUGAGCCGCGUCCGCGUCUACCUGGACUACGAGGGCGAGGAGGUUUCCUUCUACGACGCCGAGAGCAUGCAGCACAUCUUCACCUUCAACGUGGCCUUCCAGGAGAAGGUGUUCCCGCUCUUCUCGGUCUGUUCCACCGUCACCUACAUCAAGCUGUGCCCCUGAGGCGCCGCGGGGAAGGGCCGGGCGGGCGCCUGGGACUGACUCAGAUCAGCCUGGUUUUGGGGGGACGCGGGCGGCGGGGUGGCCAGGAGAGCACCACAAGGAGGGUCUUCGGGGCACAGAGACGUCCAGAAGUUGUGGUCGCCAGCUUCGAGGAAGGUGGUGGUCGCCAGCUCAAAAGAUCGCGGCCACCAAUCUGAGCUCAGCUCUGGAAGGGGUGACAAGCUCUGCCAAUCAGUGGGAAGGAACCUUCCAGAAGUCAUCUGUGGCUCUGGUCUGACCCUGGAUGGGGGUUUGAGGGUCUGUGGGAAGCUUUGGAGCCGCUCCUCCGCCCCCUUGGAAGUGCCGACGGCUGGGAAAUUGGAUAUUUGUGGGGUGGGAAAGGUGGGGUUGAGCAGGAAUCUUGGGACGUCCAUCCAAAGCAAAGCUCCCCUGUUCGUCCACAGAGAAGAAAUCCAGCCAGAAAUCUCCUGGUUCCUUCUCCCACGUGGGGAAAUCAUUUUCCCCCCCAAAAAAAGCUGGUUUUGGGAUGUUGUGAGAGUUGUCUGAGCUGUCCCAGGUGACCACCAGGUCAGAGCUUUCCACUCUGGAGGAGCCUCUGCGGCUUUGGCUGCUCUCCCUCUCUGGUUCUCCACCCACAGCUCCUCUGGAAAAGGUUAAAAGGUGCUUUUUUGGGUUUUUUUUAACGGAUGUUUGUCCUGCUGGACCUGAGCAAGGCCCACAUUUGUCCCUCUGGUGCUCCCGUGCUGAGGCUUUUCCAAAAUAUCCCUCGUGGUUCUCACGCUUUGCGUGGAUUUAGGUGCUGAACCUUGUGUUCCCUCAGGUUCUCAGCAAAAUCACCUGUUUAUUCUAAUUUCUUGUUUGUUUCUUUUCUCUGGAAACCCUCGGUCUCUGCCAACUCGCAUUUGCUUCAUCCCCUCUGGUUUUGCCAAAAAAAAAAAAAAAAAGAAAGAAAAAAAG